GUUGCCCUUUCCACCCAUGGCUAGACGAAAACCACUAUCUUCCUUUAACAUCACUUCCUUGACAGUGUCUAUACCGACGAAGAAGAGGGCACCUUCAACGACCCCUUCCCGAUGGAGUACCCUGGAAUUCAGAAUAUACCUCCUCAUUAUCGCGCUGGCCCUGCCCUGGAUGGCCUGGGCCGUCAUUCGAAUAAGCCUUCCUACCCAUCCUGCAUAUCAUUUCUACUCAGACAGGCUUUCCAGUGGCUGGCUCUUUAGCUGGUCCGUUGACAAUUGGGACGCCCAGUACCGCUCCUUCCGAAAUAAUGUCCCCAUCCUGGCUGCGGUCGCAGGAAUGCAUGCCUUAUUGACGCAUUUCAUUCCCACACAGCAACAUUUACACCUUAAUUUGGUGUUUGCGUUGGUCUUCAAUGUUGCAUUGCACGGGACGAGCACACUCAAAAUCCUUGCGAUCCUUAGUCUUAACUACACUAUGAGAGCGCAGCAUCCAUCCGUAACUUGGAUAUUCAACGGUGUCAUGCUGUUUGCUAAUGACCGGUUUUCUGGGUAUUCCUAUGCUUGGAUAUCACCACCUCUUAGAUGGCUGGAUGACUGGCAGGGCAUUUAUCCGCGCUGGUACAUCUCGUUCAACAUCACCAUGCUUCGUCUCGUUUCGUUCAACAUGGAUUAUCAUACUGCGACAACGACUCCGAAAGCAGAUUCACACCCACCACAUGCAUACACCUUCCCUGUGUAUCUCACUUAUGCCCUCUUUGCUCCGUUAUACAUUGCAGGACCGAUCAUUCCGUUCAAUGAUUUCCUGGCACAGAUCGAGGUACAGUCAACGCGCCCACUCACUCAGGAAAAAGAAGAACGCCCUACUACCUUCAUCAAACCCUAUUUUAUCCGCUUCAUCUUCACCCUUCUCACUAUGGAAGUCCUCAUCCAUACAAUGUACGUUGUUGCCAUCAAAGACGCACGUCCUUGGGAACACACUGUAUACCUCCCCUCUGAACUGGCGCUCCUCUCUUUCUUCUCACUCAUCCAUGUCUGGCUUAAGCUCCUCAUUCCCUGGCGUUUCUUCCGCUUGUGGAGUCUCCUGGCUGGUAUAGACCCUCCGGAAAACAUGGUUCGCUGCAUGGCCAACAAUUAUAGUGCUUUGGCAUUCUGGCGCGCCUGGCACAGGAGCUUCAACCUAUGGAUUGUACGAUACAUAUACAUUCCCCUUGGCGGCUCCCAUCGCCAGCUUCUCAACUCGCUCCUCAUAUUCACCUUUGUUGCGCUUUGGCACGAUCUUACCUUCCGCCUGUUGGCAUGGGGAUGGCUGGUUAGCAUCUUUCUUAUCCCAGAGGUGGUAGCAGGGUGGGUCUUUAGUGCUGACAAGUUUGGUGGUCGCCCGUGGUAUCGACAUCUUUGCGCCCUAGGUGCUGUGUUCAACAUUCUCAUGAUGAUGACCGCCAAUCUUGUGGGGUUUGUCAUUGGUACCGACGGAGUACGCUAUUUUGUAGAACAGCUGGUUGGGACGAAGGAUGGUCUUCAAUUUCUUUUAUGUGCAGUGGCGGGACUGUUCGUAGGCGUGCAGGUUAUGUUCGAAUAUCGGGAGGAAGAGAAGCGAAGGGGGGUCUAUAGACGGUGUUGAAGGCCAGAACGAUGACAAUAGAAGAUAGAUGUCUCGAUCGUAAAAGUAUUACAGUACGCCAAGGACGCUAUUCUAUAACCAUCAUGAGUACCAACUAAUAUUGUGGAUCUAUAUCGUCUUGUGGUCUUAUAUAAAUCUCCCAU